AUGGGCGAAAGAUUCAGACGCCACUUAGCCACCAUCGUCGCCGUCUCCACCGCCGUCGUGGCCACCUGCGAGUUCUACAACAAGACCGUCCCACAAGAAAUCCGCAGCUCCAUCGCCGACAGAGUCCACCGGUACAUAUCCCCCUCCGACGAGUUCACGUUCAUCGUGGAGGACAGGUGGCAGCGCUUCAAGAACUCGACCUUCCACGCCGUCGGCGUCUACCUCCCCACCAAAAUCGGCCCGUCGACGAGCAGCCUCAUGGUCGGCCACAACGACAGCAACAACAUCCUGGCGCCAGUCGAGCCCGCCAUCGCCGUGGGGUCGACGAUCGUGGACGAGUUCCAAGGGCGGCGCUUCGAGUGGACCCUCCACGAGGCGGCGGCCGAGAACUCCGGCGGCGGCGGGUACUUCAACAGCCGCAAGAACCGGUGGUACCAGCUUAAAUGCAAGAAGGAGGACGUCGAGUUCGUGACGGAGACGUACCUCCCACACGUCUCCCGCGUCGCCGACGAGAUCGUGAAGGAGCGCGACGGCCUCAGCAUCUUCACCUACAGCAAGGGCGACGGCGGGUGGGACGCCACCGUUUUCAAGCACCCGUCGACCUUCGAUACUCUGGCUAUGGACCCUGCCCUGAAGCAGGAUCUCAUCGAUGACCUGAAUCUCUUCGUACAGAGGAGGGACUACUUCAGGAGCGUCGGCCGGGCUUGGAAGCGCGGGUACCUUCUCUACGGCCCGCCGGGGACCGGGAAAUCGAGCCUGGUCGCCGCCAUUGCGAAUCACCUCAAGUACAAUGUGUACGAUCUUCAGCUGCAGAGCGUGAAAUCGGAUUCCGAUCUUCGAGACGUGCUGACCGCGACCACGAAUCGGUCGAUUCUGCUGCUCGAGGACGUGGAUUGCAGCAGCAAGAGCACCGAAAUUAGGCUUUCCAAGGAGGAAAUUGAUGAUCAGAAGAUCAAGAUUAAACAUAAGAAGGACGAAAAGAGCUCCAUUGAUGGGGUGACGUUAUCGGGGCUGCUAAAUUUCAUUGACGGAUUGUGGUCGACCUGCGGGGACGAGAGGAUCAUAAUCUUGACGACGAACCACAAGGAGAAGCUGGAUCCGGCGCUGCUGCGGCCGGGGAGGAUGGAUGUUCACAUCCACAUGGGUUACUGCUCGUUUGAAGGGUUCAGAUUGCUGGCCGAUAACUAUCUUGGGGUUAAAGAGCAUCCCUCGUUCAAGUGCGUUGAGGAUUGGAUGCAGAGAGGGAUUCCCGUAACGCCGGCGGAAGUCGCUCAACAGCUAAUGAAAUCCGACGACCCUCAAGUUUCUAUCGACGGGCUCGUCGAGUUUUUCAAGAAUAAGAAGGAAGCCGAGCCGCCGCCGCCGACAAAAACAGAACAAGCGGAAGCAGGGGAGGUUGGCAAGAAAUGUGAGGCGGAGGCGGAGGCUGAGGAAGAAGAAGAAGAUGUUACUAGUAGUCGGUCUAAAUUACUGAAGAAUAUCCUCUUCUUCUUCUUCUUCUUCUUCCUCAUCCUCUUCUUCUUGUUCCUCUCUUUGUUCUUCUGGGGACACCCUUGGUUUUCUUCGAAAGUUUCAAACGCCGGGAAUGUCAUUAUCUCACUGUUGCAGAGAAUCACUACUACUACUGUAGAAGCACUCAAUACAGAGAAUCACUAUUGUUAA